AUGAACCCUGAGCACAGUGAUUCGGACAGCGGCUCGAUUUUCACUGUAAAGACCAACACCACAGCUCCGACUGAGUGGACCUCGGAGGAAGGCAUUGAUCCUCACGAUGAAAGCGAUGUCAUGUCGGUGUUGGAGAGUUUAUAUGGCGGUGACUCGACAUAUUCCUUAUCAUCUAGCGUUUUGAAUUACCACUUUGAAAAUGGUCGACGAUAUCAUGCCUAUCACGAAGGAAAAUAUAUCAUGCCAAAUGAUGACCAGGAACAGAAUAAAUUGAUGCUGAUGCAUCUGUGCUAUGCGCUGGUCUUUGAUGGCAGACUGCAUUUAUCGCCUAUAUCAACCAAUCCGCAGAAUGUGUUGGAUAUUGGUACGGGGAGAGGAGAUUGGGCUAUUGAUUUUGCUGAAGCGUAUCCAUCUGCGCGGGUUAUUGGCACGGAUCUCAGUCCAAUUCAGCCUUUAUGGGUUCCCCCAAAUUGUACUUUCGAAAUCGACGAUGCAGAAGACGAAUGGCUUUACACUCAACAAUUUGACUUGAUUCAUACCCGAACGAUAUGUGGUGCCAUCCGGGAUUGGCCACGAUUUCACAGACAGGCCUUUGAUCAUGUCAAACCGGGCGGUUGGUUCGAGAUGCAGGAGAAUGACGCAUGGUUUCAGCGCGACGACGGCUCAUGUCCCGAAUGGACCCAGAUGUUUUUGGAGAAGUUGGACGAAGCUAGUAUUUUAAGUGGGAGGCGGCUUAAUGUUGCCAGAGAUCAGAAACAGUAUAUGAUUGAUGCCGGGUUCAUUAAUGUGCAUGACGUGAUUUUUAGGCUACCACUGAGCCCGUGGCAUAGCGAUCCACGCAUGAAAGAAAUCGGCCGAUUACGUGGGUUGGCGAUGAACGAAGGAGUCGAAGGUUACAGUCUCGCAUUAUAUACACGAUUCCUGGGCUGGAGUCCAAACGAGGUACGAAUCUUGCUGGCCAAGGUGCGCUCUGAAUUCAACGAUGUACGAAAUCAAAUGUACAUUGCUGUACAUGUCGUAUAUGGCCAGAAACCGGAAGAAGUGGCCUAA